GCUCAGCUGCUCACCAAUCGACCGUUUGAUUGGGGAGAUAAGGUUAUCGGCCGUGGUCGGAUCUUUGAAUUUAUUUAUUUUUAAAUGAUAUACGGUAUUUAUAUUAAAUUGUGCACAAUGCGAUGAGAACGUCACGCAGACAUUGAUAUUUAGGUUUGAAUAAAAAAAAAAAAAAGACUAUGCCUGGUGAAGCACGGCUACAUCAGUGCGCCUCUACUGCAGGUCAUCUGAAAACCACAACAAUAGAGAUAUCAUGUCGGGCUUGAGCGUCGCGUGCAGCGCCGUUAUCGUCCUGUUCGGAGCGGUUUGCAGCGUUUUCAUAUUCUGUGAGUAUCUGAUUUAUUACGCCGCGAUAUUACAGUGCGGUUGGCCGGGGAUCGACCAUGGUGCGCCGGCGAGUGAGAAGAGCGCAGACGGCGAGCCAGAGCCGGCGGUUCUACGCGCUAUGGUUCUCUCAGACACGCACCUCCUCGGCGCUGUCGGAGGACACUGGUUCGACAAACUGCGAAGGGAAUGGCAGAUGGAACGAGCUUUCCAGACCGCACUGGCCCUGCUCCAACCCGAGGUAGUUUUUAUUCUGGGGGAUGUGUUCGAUGAGGGGAAAUGGAGCUCUCCAAAGAACUGGGAGGAUGAUGUUUGUCGUUUCCAGAAGAUGUUCAGACACCCCAGUGACACAGAGCUGGUAGUGCUGGUUGGAAACCACGACAUCGGCUUCCACUAUGAAAUGGACUGGUUCAAGUUACAGCGCUUUGAGAAGGCCUUCAAUACCACCUCCACCAGAAUGGUCACCAAGAAAGGAGUGAACUUUCUAUUGGUCAACAGCGUGGCGUUGCAUGGUGACGGUUGUCCUAUCUGCCAAUCAGUGGAGAAACAGCUGUACACAAUAUCCAGAGACCUCAACUGUUCUCUACUACAGAAUUCUGAGUCCAGCGUUAUAAAAGAAUACUGCCAAGACGCAUGGACCUACCCUUCUACCCCACCCAUCAUCCUGCAGCAUUACCCUCUUUACCGGGUGAGCGAUGCGGGCUGUACGGGGCGGGACGCUGCUCCUACUGAAGAGCGCCACCUGCUGUUCAGAGAGAAGUACGACGUGCUGUCUCGGGAGGCCUCUCACAGGCUGCUGCAGUGGUUUAAGCCCCGCCUGGUUCUCAGUGGCCACACCCACAGCGGCUGUCAGGUUCUCCAUGACAACCAGUACCCAGAGAUCAGUGUUCCAUCCUUCAACUGGAGGAACCGCAACAACCCCAGUUUUAUCCUAGGUUCGUUCUCCCCCGGCGGCUACGGCCUGUCUAAGUGUUUCCUCCCAGAGGAGAGCACAGUGAUAGCCCUCUACUGUUCUACCGGAGCCAGUCUCCUCCUCCUCCCUCUGGUCCACUGCCUGUGGAUGAGAGGUCUCCUGCGGUGCCUCAGCCUCUGUCCCAUCAGCAAGCACAAGUCUCUCUGAUCGUCUCAGGUAGAGGUUGUCCCUGACUGCUGAAUGAUACAGGGUCAGAUAUGGGCUACAUCUUCGUCCCAAAUGGCACCCUAUUCCCUAUUUAGUGCACUACUUCACUACUGUUUGACCCGGGUUAACCCACAGGGCUCUGGUCAAAUGUAGUGCACUAUGUAGGGAAUAGGGUGCCAUUUUAGACGCAGCCAUGCUGUCCUCCCACUAAAGCAGGGGUGGCUAAUGCUCCUACCGGGGGGAGCUAUCGUGGGUUUGCAGGGUUUCGCUCCGCCACAGCACUGACUGACUUGUUCAUCUCAGCACACAGAACCAAGUCUUGCUGAACUAAUCAUGGUCUGCUGACAGGUAUUGUUAGAGUAGGACUGAAACAAAAGCCUGCAGACCCAGUAGCCCUCCAAAAGGAGAAUUGGCCAUCCUAUUGGGAGGUAAAUUAAUCUGACUCUGGAUCUGUAGUUAAGGACAGCUUCUACCUGGAGAGAACCUGUGUGACCCCC